AUGGCGCUACCCGAGAUCGCCUCCAUCAUUCUGCGGCUGGCAGAGCUGGCGUUUGCGGCCGUUGUCGCAGGCUUGAACGGCGACUAUCUACACUCAGUUCGCGGCGCUUCCUCGUGGGAUUUGGGACGACACAUCUACACUGAAGUUGUUGCGGGAUUGUCCAUUUUGUUUGCCAUUAUUUGGCUGUUUCCCUUCAGCUCCUCGUUUAUCCAUUGGCCCGCCGAUCUGUUCUUCAGCAUCCUGUGGUUUGUAGCCUUUGGUCUAUUGGUGGAUUGGCUCGAUGGUUCUUGCGGACGGGUUUUCGACUGGACCAACCUCUCCUUCCGGGACACUGCAUCCUGUGCCCAGUUCAAGGCCGUAGUCGCCUUUUCCUUCUUGAGUGCCAUCUGCUGGCUAGCCAGUGCCAUCGUCGGUUUCUGGUGGGUUCGCCGCAACACUCGUGUUCGUCACACCACCACUGCACCCACCUACCGUCGUCGCCGUUGGUAUCGCUCUCGCGUUUAA